ACGUUAACAGCGCCUAGAAAGUGGAGUUCACUACCCUCAGGUGCCGAAACGGUUUUCGAGAAGGAUUCUGUGACCUCUCCGACACUGCAGGUCACUGACCUGCAGUUGGUAUGCGAAGUAGUGGCCAGGGUUAGGGUAAUCCACCAUAUGACAGCUUUGCCCCUCGAAGUUUCGGGAAAAAGCUCGGGCCUCAGCAAGGUUAGCUAAGCUCUUCAACUGCCAACGUCAUUCCCUUUUGCCUUAAAGCCGACCUCUCCGUUGGACAAACGUCGACAGAACAACCAACAAACCUCACCACAUCCGCCUUCGUUUUCGUCAAUCGAGCCGAGAAUACGAGCACAAAUAAUGUCCUUCACGAUCACGAUUCGCGCAGGCCCCGCGCGCCUCGCGUCCCGGGUGCCGCAAUUGUCAACAGCUGCAUCCCUGCGGGCUUUCCAUCAAUCCGCAUCGAAGAACACCUUCUUCACAUCCAAGGCGGCGCCGCUCGUCUUUCGUUCCAACGUCAAGUCCUCCAACAACAUCCUCUCCCGGCUCCAGGGUGCCUCGCGCGGCUAUCAAUCACAGUAUGACCGUGUAUACGAUCCCACGGCCCGCCGCGGGGAGCUGCUUCGCAAGUUACUGAUCGGCGGCGCCAUCUUUGGCGGCACACUGGUUGCUGUCAACGCCGUCUUCAACCGGGAGACUCGGGAAGACGGAGGGAUGCCCCCGUUUGAGCGAUCAUACCUCAACAGGACCUUCAUGCACACCGGUCUGGGCGUCGGCAUCAUCGGCUUGACGGCCUACCAGAUGAUCCAGAGCGGCUUCGUCUACCGCAUCAUGGUUACCAACCCGUGGAUCGUGGGCAUCGGCGGUAUCGCUCUCAGCAUUGGCAGCAUGGUUGCCACCCGUGCUAUUGAGCCUGACAACUACAUCCCCAAGUACGCCUGCUGGGGCCUCUUCAACGCCACCCAGGCGGCUCUCGUCGCUCCUCUGAUGACCAUCGCUCCGCCUGCACUGCUCGCCCGGGCCGGCCUCUACACGCUCGCCAUGAUGGGCAGCAUCUCGUUUGUCGGUGCCACCGCCAAGCAGGACAAGUACCUCUACAUUGGUGGCCCUCUCCUGGCUGGUGCUGCCAUUGUUGCCGUCUCCGGGUUUGCGCCGCUCGUCCUCCCCGCCACUGCUGUCCGGACUCUGGCGUUCACUGAGAACCUUUGGUUGUAUGGUGGUUUGGCCGUGUUCGGUGGCUUCACCCUUUACGAUGUCCAAAAGGUGUUGUACCAUGCUCGGCUGGCGCAGCGGGGUGCUAUCAAGGAGGAUCCCGUCAACGAGAGCAUCAGCCUCGAGCUCGACUUCCUCAACAUCUUUGUGCGCAUGGUCCAGAUCUUGAUGAUGCAGCAAAGGAGGAAUCGUUAAACGUUGCUGGCGAGAUUAUGGGCAAUCGUGGACGGCUGCUGUGAUCAAUUAGGGUCAUAGUAGGAGAUUUAGACUCUCUGCUCGGUGUGUUGUUAUUUCCCUUUGUACCUCAAUAUCACAUCACUUGGCGACGAGCGGGGUUUGGGUUUGAUAGCCUCAUUGCUUGUACCUAUCGUUAUCAAGCUCAUAGUC